AUGCUUCAGAUGUUCUAUUUUUUUAUUAUGAUUGCCUCAGUUAUUUUUAAUUUUGUAGGAAUCACUAUGAAUCUGUUCAUUGCAGUGGUCAUUUACAGGACUUGGGUCAAAAGACAUAAAAUCUCCUCUUCUGAUAAGAUCCUGUUUAGCUUGGGCAUCACCAGAUUUUUUAUGCUGGCAUUGUUUCUACUGAGCAUUUUCUACAUCAUCUCUUCAGAUGCUGAAAGGUCAGUUUCCUAUUCCACACUUUUUCUAUUAUGUUGGAGGUUUUUAGACUCUAUCAGUCUCUGGUUUGUGACUUUGCUCAACAGCUUGUACUGUGUGAAGAUUACUAACUACCAACACUCAGUGUUUCUCCUGCUGAAACGGAAUCUCUCCCCAAAGAUCACCAGACUGCUGCUGGCCUGUGUGCUGAUUUCUGCCUUCACCACUCUUCUGUAUGUUGUGCUCAGACAGCUAUCACAUUUUCCUGAAUUUGUGACUGUGAGAAAUGGCACCUUAUUUGACUUCAAUGAGGGUGUCUUGUCUUUGGUGGCCUCUUUGGUUUUGAGCUCAUUGCUCCAGUUUAUCCUUAAUGUAACUUCUGCUUCGUUGUUAAUACAUUCCCUAAGGAGACAUAUACAGAAGAUGAAGAAAAGCUCCACUGACUCUUGGAACCCCCAGACUCAAGCUCAUGUAGGUGCUAUGAAACUAAUGGUCUACUUCCUCAUUCUCUACAUUCCAUACUCGAUUUCUACCCUGCUGUGUUAUCUCCCAUUGAAUGUGAAGAUGGGUUUAGGAGUCAAAACCAUUUGUAUGGUUAUUUCUGCUCUUUACCCUCCAGGACAUUCUGCUCUCCUUAUUCUCACACAUCCUAAAUUGAAAACCAAAGCAAAGAAGAUUCUUUGUUUCAACAAAUAG